AUGCAAGGUGGUUGGCAGUCGGAGGAGGGGCAGCCGAGGAUUUCUGCAGCGUCGUGGUCUCCGAAGGGCAAACAAAUUGCUCUUGGUCUCGAAUCUGGAGACGUUCUCACCUUCACGCCUUCCAACAAGGACGCGCCGCAAAAGCACAUACCACCCACAUCGUCGCAGACCCCCAUGGUGUCAAUGCAAUGGAUUGGUCCAGGGCAUACCUUCAGAACCGUAUAUUGCGCUCAGGCCCAGAACGACGAACCGGUCCACCAUAUCGUGACAUUGGACACGAGAGUCGGCGCCCUUGACGUACUCCAGCUCGACGCGGGCUUCUCCGUCACCGACCGGUACCCGCCAAGCAGCGUCAUCUUUUCCCUACCCAGAUGGAACAACGAGGAUUCGUUACUUGUCAUUGCGGGCGACGCCGCCGCGUCGGACUUCGAGGUGCUGGGGCACGCGAACGGGGAGUGGUUCCAGGAGUCGUCGGACAACCCGCUUGCGGUACCGAUGAAGGAGAGCUUCGAGGAAAAUGUGCUGGUGGGGCUGGCGGUCGACCUUACAGACGGCGUGCCGACGAUGGUGGGGUAUAUGGACGAUGGGACGGUGCAGCUGUGGGCAAUGGAGAGCCCGAAUCCGUAUCCGGGGCUGGUGACGCCGAGCGCGGUGGAGGCGCCGCAGGGAGUGGAGGCGACCGCGAGCGUGUCGAUGCCGACUGCGCCGGCGUCGGUGGCGCCGAGUGUGUCGGGUGGGAGCACGGUCGCACCGUCAGCGAUGGAGCAGAGCGUGUCAGGGAUGUCGAUGGACGAGCCGAAGUCGGCGGUGCAGGAGAGCGCGCCGGCGUCAGCGUUCAGCCCGCCAUCGUUUGGGCAGACCCCGACGCCGUCGUUCGGGCAGACUUCGUCGCCGUCUCCGUUCAGCCCUCCCACGCCGAGCGCGUCCUCCCCGUUCGGGCAGCCAGCUACGCCUUCGGCGUUUGGGCAGACAUCGACUCCCUCGGCAUUUGGCCAGCCAUCCGCGCCGUCGGUCUUUGGGAAGCCAUCUGGGUUUGGGCAGUCGGCCUUUGGACAGACGUCGAGCAACGGCUCUGCCUUUGGGCAGUCCUCUGGCAAUACCUCUGGCUUUGGGCAGUCAUCCAACAACACCUCGGGCUUCGGACAGACUUCCAAUCCUGCGUCAGCCUUCGGAAAGCCUGCUUCUGGACAGUCGGGGUUCGGUCAAUCAGCCUUUGGUCAAACGUCCGCCCCCGCCUUCGGUCAGACGUCGACUCCAGCAUUCGGUCAGACUUCUGCAUUCGGACAGCCCAGCUUUGGCUCGACGAGCAAACCGGCGACGCCUGGCGGGUUCGGCAGCACAGGGUUCGGGCAGACCGCGCAACCGGCAGGCUUUGGUCAGUCAGCGCAGCCUGCGUCCGCAGGCAAGGGCUUCGGGGCGUUCGCGAACGCGGGAACUAGUGCCUUUGGGCAGACGUCCACGCCAUCGACCGGCGGUGGCUUUGGCGCAUUCUCGGGAGCGGGCAAGAGUGCGUUCGGUCAGGGAGGCUUUGGGGCUGCACCAGCUGCGCCACAAGCGACGCCCCCGCGGACGUCGCCACCGCCAGACUCGCCAGUGGACGAUUCUGCGAUGGACAGCAUGGGCUCGUUAGGACUGGGCGGCUCGAAUAGCCCGAAGGAGGACAAGCCAGCAGCGGGAGGUCUCUUCGGGAACGCAACACCCUCCGCUCAGCAAGACAAGCCCGCAGGAUCUCCCUUCGGUGCGCCCGCGAGCUCGAGCCCCUUCGGGAGCAGCGCGAUCAAGCCUGCGUCUGGGUUUGGCGCGUUCAGCGGAUUCCAGCCCACCGGUGGCGCGUUCGCGCCCAAGGACAACAAGGAGGCGCCGAAGCCGACGUUCGGCGCGGGGGCGUUCGCAGGGAUGGCGAAGCCGGCGUCAGGCUUUGGAUCGACGGGCUUUGGGCAGACGGCGACGCCUGGCUCUGCGUCGGGUUCGGGCUUUGGCCAGUCGUCGUUCGGCAAGCCGGCCUUUGGGCAGUCUGCGUUUGGGCAGCCAGGGUUCGGGCAGCCGGCGGCGAGUGGGAAGCCUGCGUUCGGGCAGAGCAGCUUUGGGACGGCGCCGGCGACGGGUGGGUUUGGGGCGUUUGCGAGUAAGCCGGCGUCGUUGGUGGGGACGCCGGCUGCGAAGGAGGAGGACAAGGGGGCGAGCAAGCCUGCAACGGGCGGCUUCGGUGCUUUUGCCUCGAGGACUGCAUCGUUUACGACCAGUCCGGGCGAGAGCAAGGCGUUUGGUGGGUUUGGGACGGGAGGGAGCAUCGGCGAGCAGGCUAAGGAGGAGAAGCCGACUACGCCCAAGGAGGAGAAGCCUGUUGAAGUGGCUGUCAAGCAAGAGCCCGUAUCGCCAAUUGCGCCACCGCCUGCGCCGACUCCUGUAAAGUCGGAGGAGGCUGACUCUACCCCUGUCAAGGUUGAGGAACGCAGUCCAUCCCCUACUCCGAAGCCAGCCACACCGUCUGAGGCACCUGCGACGCCAGCCAAGGGACCCGAGCCUGCUUCUGUGCCCGCCACUCCGCUCACGCCAGAGACGCCGCAGGAGAAGGACGUCAAGCCCAAGUCAGGCUUCGGCUUCAACCUCCAGGCCUCGCCUUCGCCCUUCACUACGCCUGCCUUUGGUCAGCCAUCUACGCCGACGUCGUCGUAUAUCAAGCCUGCGGCUGGCUUCGGGUCCGCGGGUGUUGUGUCGCCUGGCUCACCAUUCGCGAAUCCCGGAAAAGCCUCCACAUCCACUUCGGCAUUCGGAAGUGCGUUCAAGAAGUUCGAGACGCCAAAGACGGAGGCGACUGCGGCACCGACGUUUGGCGCCCCUUCAAUACCGGGUUUGCGCAAGUCUGCGUUCCCGACGACACCGACUGGGCCAACGGCGGCGAAGGAGCCCUCGAGCGGAGGCUUCGCAGCGUUCAGCAACAAUACAUCGCCUUUCAAGACCCCGCCUGACGCGCCGAAAACUUCGUUCAAGGACAUGCUCAAGGGCAAGGACCGCGUGCCGGAGCCGACGAAGCCAGCGGUGUUCUCUCCUGCAGUUGAGAAGCCAAAGACGCCCACGGAGACGCGCAAAUCAGCCUUCCCGCCUUCACCUGCUAAGGACGAGGAGUCUAUGACACCCGCGGGCACACCUGUGAGCCGGCCGCCCGUCUUCAAGCCCAAGGAAGAGAAGGAGGGCGGCUCCUCGAAGGCGCUGAGCAAGACGAAGUCGGGAUCAUUGAGCUCUAUGGGGAGCUUCGUCGACGUCUCCAAGGAGGAUGUUUCGGAGGAAGGUGAAGAGGAAGAACCGGAUGAAGAAGGCGAAGAUUUCUUGUCAGACCUCUCGCAGUCCGAAGGCGACUCAGCCGACGAGCUACCAUCCACUACUCCCUCCAAACCACCGCCGCGCGAACGAUCCGCAUCUACGACCCCAAAGCCUCCAUCGAGGGUGGUAGACUCGGACGAAGAGCCACCGAGCGACGAGUUCGACGAGGAAGAAUCCGACGAGGGUGAUGAAGAGGAGGAGAUCGAGGAUGUCACUGAAGAAAGCGGCCUGUCAACCAUUCCUGAGGAAUCCUCUACGCCUCCGGAAAGCCCUGUCAAGCGGCCGUCCAAGGCAUCCGAGCCCCCUGGCUCGAUAUCAAGUGGCUUGCGGCCACCUAGCAGUGGGAUACCCUUCAACCUUGGGUUGGGCAAAGCUCCCGCCAGUCGUCCAGUCCGGAGUUCCCCUCUCGCCAACGCCUAUAACGCAUCCGACAGCGAGUCCGAGGACAAGACGGAGAAGAAGCCAGUUGCUGCACCACAGGGGAAAGAGGCGACUCCACCUCCCGAGGCGCCUCCAUCCCGCACCGGUACGCCGCCUUUGCUCUCCAACUUCGGCUUUGGUGGCAAGUCGAGGCAAUCCGCGACGCCGUCGCCGACAAACGUGCCGCCUAGUGCGAGCCGAUCCGUCAGUCCUGCUGUGCCUGCGACGACGGCGCCUAUAGCCUCGACGCCACUUGCGCCCAUAGCCUCAACGCCACUUGCGCCCACUACGAAGAGCGUGUUUGGUGCUUUCCUCAGCACGCCUAAGGCGGGCGAGCCUUCGCCUUCUGCGUCAGGCUCCGCUUCUCCAUCCACUCCAUCCACCCCCUUCGGCGCAACGAAGCCGCCCGCAACGCCUGGGUUCCCCUCUGUGUCGUCCUCGGGUUUCUUUGGUGCGGCGAAGGCCCCAGCGCCUGUGACGCCUUCGACGCCGUCUGGUUUGUUUGGAUCUGCGAUACCGCCCUCGACAACUCCUUCUGGGCCUAAUCUCAUGAACCAACUCGGCAAAUUCGCAAUGCCUGCUCCAGCGCCUUCUGGGAGCAUACAUCCUCCCGUCCCUCUGUUCGUGAAAGCCUCCCAGGCGCCACCACCGCCACGGCCUACGACUCCGCCUCAAGAAGGGAUGCAGAAGGAGUGUGCGGAAUUGGUGACGAGCAUUGAACGCGAAUUGAACCAGCUCGGCGAACUGGCCGCGGAAGCCAAUCAGCAGCUGAGGAAACUGAGCGACCCUGUUCCCGGCUCGAGGCGCAAGGAAGACCUCGUCGAUGCUGCGAAGUGGUCUUUGGGGGACCUUGCGUUAUUUGGCCGAACAUUGUUGGCUUUCAGCAAAGACCUCACGGAGCUGAAAGCUGCGCGGGACAAGGAGAGGCAGCUUGUGAAGGAACUUCGUGCUAGCAUGCUGAAAGCGAACACCCGCAAGGAGGAGAUCGCUCGCUUCAGCAAGGCUCAGUCUGAUCCUGAGUUCGCCAAGAUGCUCAAGACGCGGACUCUGGGGCCGGAACACCUCGAGACGCAGACGAAUUUGAGGCGGAACCUCCGGAUCGUCCGUGAUAGGGUACAGGCAUUGGAGGAUAACUUGAACGCUUUGAAAAAGAAGCUGAGCCAGCAAAAGUCAGGGAAGGUCUCCAUCAGGCCACCCACACUUGACGUCCUCAACCGCACUUACCGCAACAUCGACCUGGCUAUCAAUAACGACCGCGAGUUGAUCGACAGCCUCACCGCUCGCAUGGCGAGCGUCAGCUUCGGCGAGGGCAGGAGCAGAGCUGCGAAGCUCAAAGAUGCCAACAAGCGAGAUAGCCGUCUGCCAGAUCCCAACCCGCGACCCUUGAACGUCACGCCAAACGUCGCCGUUACAACAGCUGCGGCGCUGAACGCUGAACGCUCAGCGGCCCGGCUCAAGCGCGUCCUCCUUGCUGCACGGCCCGAGCCGCUGCUCAACAAAACGGCCGCGAGCGCACCGGCGCCGCCAGCAGUGUUCCAGACCCCAAUGAAGCCUGGUGCGACGCCAAGGACGCCGGCCUUUGACCCGAAGGAUGCGAUGUGGGCGGACUUUGGAGAGGACAAGUUCAAUCCGCAGACACCGACUCCUGCGGGAAGGAGGGGAGCAGGGAGUGGUGUCAGAAGACAUCAACCGUCCCCUGCUGUGAAGAAGAUCCCACUGUCGACGCCGUCUCCCCCGCCGAAUUUCAGCUGGGGUCCGCUGCCACCGCCGAGGGCGGCGACGUCGGGGAGCGGGGGCCUGCCGGUGCCGAUCGUGAAGCUAACUUGA